AGGGGAAGCCUGUUUACAGUGAUAACCGCGGACAACGAGAUACAUUUUGAAAAAGUUGGACAAAGUUUCUUUGAAAUGUGUCACAAGAUUGUUCUCCGACUCUGCUUCUCAGUGCUUUUCUUAAGAGCUGGAACGUCUGGAGCAAAAGAACUGAUUGGCAUUCUGGGGGAGUCUGUCACAUUCCGAGUGGAGACCCCUCCACCAUUUGAAACAAUUUCCUUGAAUAAAAUUGUCAACAGCAAUCCCAGAAAUAUUGCUUUGAUGACCUUCAAGGAGCUGUCAUGUCCCAUCUUGUUCCUCCACCCAGACUUUCAAAAGCGACUGAACAUCUCCAGUGACUGCAGAAAUUUACAUCUUGGCCCUCUAAAGAAAGAGGAUACUGGCAGAUACAGUGUAACAAUUGUUUUACCAACUAAAAAGACAGCAGAUGAAUCUUUUGAUCUGCAAGUUUUUAAACGUUUGGUGGACUCUGAGCUGAAAGUGACCUGCACUCCUGAGGGGACUGGAAACAGAACCUGGCAGCUGACUUGCUCUACAGGGACCUGGGAAGACAGAGUGAACAUCAGCUGGACCUCAUCUGCCCAGAGCACAGGUCCUACCCCUGGGAGUUCUGUGAUCCGGUUUGUCUCCCAGGAGCUCGAUGCAACAUGCAGAGCAGAAAACCCUGUUAGCCAGGCAUCCAGGACAGUCUCCUUAAAGGAAGUUUGUGCAGAAGAGAGACCUGGGACCGAGGACCCCCAAGUGAAUGAAGAUGGGACUAAGAAGACAGGAUGGAUUGUGGGCGUGAUUGUACUUGUUAUCAUCAUUCUGCUUAUCGUCAUUAUCUGUGUCCUUUAUGUGUGGAGGAGGAAAGCUGCCAAGGGAAGUGGGCGUUUUACAACUAACACAGACACUGAAAGCUCAUCUAGGAGUGGUUCUGCCUUAAUAGGAGGCCAGCCCAAGGAAACCAGGAAAAAGACAAAUCAGUCAGCUAGAAAAGCAGCGAAGCAAAACCAGGAGUUGCCCCACACCAUUUAUACAUCUGUGCAGCAUCCCAAGCAGAAUCAUUUACAAACAGAUGAUGAGAAGAUGGGACAGCACAGCCACCAAAACCAGGCAGAGAAAACUAUUUAUUCCGAGAUCACCAAGUCUGAGGAGGGUGAAGACUCAGAGAUGAAGACCAUCUACGAAACAGUGCAAAAACCCUUGCCCAUCAAAUACUCUGGCAUGUCAGCCUUUGUUUAACACACACACCUUCUGCAAAGCUAGCAAGAGAUGCCCUCCCCCAGAGCUGGCGGAGGGCCUAGGCCCCGUCUUCCAAAGAGAGCCUGCAGAGGGCUCC